UCAGCACUAGAAGAAGUAAAUUAGGCAGAGAAUUUGAGAAUGAAAAUCUCAAGAUGGUACGCUACUCUCCAGUUAAUUGUAAUUUACUUUGUCUGUUCCGAGUGCAAUUUGGUUGAGUUUUACCGUUGGAAACAGGUCACUUACGAAGGUCUGCCGUCAGAUAAAGUCGAUGGAAAUUCUUCCAACUCAUUUUUAAAUGUUUACAACAUUGUACCCAGAGGUGUGACACACUACAACGGAAGACUUUUCAUAACUGUUCCAAGAACUGCCCCUGGAAUCCCGUCAACUCUAAAUUAUGUUCCGGAUGAUUUGCCUAUAGGAAGUAGUCCCGCCCUACGUCCAUAUCCGGAUCUUAAAACUAAUGAAUUACAUUUAGAACACAGAGCGGACGAAAAUCGAAUUGUUUCGGUUUUCCGAACUCGAGUCGAUGAUUGCGGCCGAUUGUGGUUCGUCGAUACUGGUCAUAUACAGGAAACCGGACAACCAAUGAAACAGAUCCAACAGCCAUCAGUGUGGGUGAUCGAUUUAAAUACAGACAAAGUGGUUCGUCGUUUUGAAAUUCCGACUUCUGUAAGCGAGAUUGGACGCGGAAAGAUCAGUUUGAAGGUUGACGUUGACAAGAGCAAUUGCGACAGAGCGUUCGCGUACAUUCCAGACCUUUUCCAACAAAGGUUGUAUGUUUACAGCCUCGAGUCCAACCGUAUGUGGACUUUCACUCACCCUUAUCUGGACUAUGAGCUGGAAUUGACGAAAUACAAUGUCACUGGUUUCCAGUUCCAGUGGAAAGAUGCUGUGUUUAGUAUCACAUUGGGAAGAAGAGGCGCUGAUGGAUACCGUCAGGCAUAUUUCCAUCCCAUGGCAUCCAAUUCUGAAUUUGCCGUCAGCACUAAAGUGCUCCAAAAUGAAACUGCGUCCACAAACAUCGAUUUUCAUCUAUCAGAUUUUGUGGUAAGGAACCGUCCACCAUAUGGGCGCCACAUAUUUUACGUAACCACUUUACGACUGGUUGCAAGUCAAGUAGGACUUCAUACAUUGCCAACUGUUUUUGGAGUCUUUAUUUCUAGUUAAUCAACCGUCACCGUCACCUAGUCUGCCGUAGAGCGUUUUACAGUCUCAAAAAGAAAAAGCGACAGAAAAAACCUUUGCUCACUUUUCUUUCCAAGCAUACGGUAGGUUAUUUGUUUACCGAAGGGUGAAAAUAGCAAAUUCCGACAAGAGCGAUGGUUACGAGAAAAGUUCUAUUUUUUCCACACAGGAGAGAAAGUGCUGCAAUUUUCUCACUAGAAUAGUACAUUGAAUGACAAGGGGCGAAAGUAAAAAAAUUCAAC